CAUCAGCCUCUUGAUUCCUUUCACCUUCAUACAAUCGAUAAAGAACGAAAUUAACAAGACUGCACGAAGUUAUCCGGCGCAAUCGAAGACUUCACCUUCUACACUCUGUUGUCUUCUUUUUAUUUUCACUUCUCUCGUAUCAUUGGACUCCUUUUCAAUCAUAUUUACGUCCGUCAAAACAAUCAAACAUUGACGCUGAGCAUCUCGAUACCAACAUCACAACCACAGGAUGGCUUCCUGGGGUCUACUUGACGACAAGGAGGAGAAUGAGCUCCACAAGUCACGACUUCUCAACGUGGAAGAGAAGCCCUUCAAGCGCGUGACUAAGCGUCUUAGUACUCUUCACUCCUUAACUCUCUCGAGAGCUCGUCAAGCACCCACCCCGCCUCCGGAGGGCAAUGGCGCGACUGCUGGAACUACCGAGCAGGAAGUCCAAACGCCCACCGUGACCGGCGAUUCGGCCACAUCAGACCUCGCUCAGCUCAAGGAGGACAUCAUUCUGGAUUUUGCCGCCUUUGAUAGCAGCAUCGCGCGGCUUCAGUUCCUUCUGACUGCCAACGAGCGUGAGCGCGAACGAUAUGUUGCCGAGCGUGAGCGCAUUCUUAACACGGCACAGGCGGUGCGCAACAACACUGUCCAGCUACGUGUUCAACUAGAGCAGGCCCGUGCCACGCUUGAGGAGCGCAAGAAGUUCGAUGAGCUGGCUGAUAAGAUCACCAACAACCCUGCUUUGCGUACCAGGGCAGAGCAGGCGGCGAACCUGAGGAAACUGGAGGAGGAAAUUGCCGAGUUAAAGACGGAGAGCGAGACCUACGGCAUUACGUGGCAUGAGCGGCGCGACCAGUUUGCCAAAAUUAUGGAUGAGAGCAUGCGGUUGAGGCGGUUGAUCCGUGAUGAGAAGGAGGAGGUGGAGCGCCGCGAAGGCAUGGGCGAUGACGAAGGCGGUGCCGGCGACACCGAGGCGGACGCCGGACAGACCCCUCGGCCCGGGAUUUCUAGCGGCAAUGCAACCCCGAGGCCGGACAGCGGACUACCAACGAAGAGCGGAGUGGAGAGCGGUGACGCCGCUGGCACACCCCAUCCCGUCUCGACACAUGGCGCCAGAACACCGGCGCGCGAUACUCCUGCCCCGGGUGAUGAGAACCAGUCAUUCCUCAAGCCGCCUCAUGACGUCUCGGGAGGUUACUCGCAAACGACAAGCCAGGAAGCGAGCCGCGAAGGUUCUAUUACCAGAGGUGAUGGCAACGAAGCGACACAGGGAACCGAUGUGGAGAUGACUGAGGUCAAGGAAGAUGAGGAGGAAGUCGAGGAGCCGGAUAGUCCUCUUUCGCCUCUGCCGGACCAGACCCCGCCGCGACCGCGGAUCACGGUUGACGGUCCUAAUGCAGAUGAGGACACCAUGGACACCACGUAAGGAUAUGAAGUAUAGGGAAUGGUGUUAUCGAGCAGUGGAAUGAAUGGUGUAGCUAUGUACGUUAAAUCCGGCUAAGCUCUCUUGUUAAUAUCAUGGGCCCAAAAUCCAGCUUGAGUGUACCUGUGGUUUAUGUCGAAAUCCCUGUGGUUACCUCUUCAAAGACGUCCAAAGCCCAAUCACUCCGCAGUUUUCACCGUAUCUCGAUACUUGGUAAAUUUGCACC